AUGCCUGUUUGUGACAAUAAACUGCAUAGUAAUUCAGAGAAAGAAGAUGCUCCGAUGAAAGAUAAUAUGAACAUUGGUGCGAGUGAGAGUGUUAAUGCCCUCGGGGAUGCAAAAGGAAAGAAGGCUGCCUUGAAGGAAGAAGAGGCCCCCGAGGCAAGCGUUUAUGAAGUUGACCCGAAGACGUGUGAUGUUAACUUCGACGCAGUUGCACUUGCCAAAAAUACUAAAGCUAGAGCAGCGGCUCAGAUAGUUGCCCGAGCAACGAGUGCCAGAAACCAACAACUGGCUGCAACAAAGAAGAGUCCUUUCUUAGGAAAUAGCACCGCAAAGGCGAUCAUUCCAACGUUGGCAUCUCACUCCCGCCGUGUCCAUGGAUAUGAUCCUUUCGAUCAAACCGGUGUUAAGGAGAAGCAUACUACUCUAAUGAACUUUGUGAAAUCAAACCCUGCCUAUCCAAGACGUCCAAAACACUCUUCGAUCGACUGGUAUUACACUUUACGGACACCGAAGAAAUGGCUAGCUGAUACGCACAUGGAAGCUUAUAUUAACUUGCUCAGGCUGCGAUUAUCCAAGCAUCCGGAGUGGCGUGACUACAAUGAUUUCAAAAACUCUGAGCCGAAUGAAGAUGGUUCUGGCAAACUUCUACCACCUGGAGCGUAUUCGUACUUCACAGGCGAAUUACCUAUCUACUGCCAGACUAAAAAGACAUGGGCCUAUGAAGUCGACCAUUUGUACUCAAUGUUGCACAUCACGGGGGACCAUUGGGUAGCUAUCUGGGUUUCAUUUGUGACGAGGCAUAUCACAAUAUGGGACAGUCAUGCGGGAACCAAACAUGCAUCUGACGCCCAAAUUGACGAAGCUGUGGAGCCUCUGGCUGUUAUGAUACCCUACCUUCUUUCAGACCUGUGCACCUAA